AAAUUAAAAAGUACAUUGAGCAGACCUCAGAAUGUGGCACUGUUCCAUCCCUUUCGGGAUUUGUCAGGCAAAAUAUUGAUUUAGUAGUUCGCUCUCCUCCGAAAGGGACUGAUUUUAAUGGUUUAGAUGGCACAUGGAAAAAGCGGUUUAUAACAACUGCAAAAAUACUUAACGUGAAGGAAAGUUUCGCCCUCGCCAGAGUGAUGUGGGAAGCUCCAGUCAGGUUUCGCCCUGGAUCUAUUAAAAUUAACGCACCUAAUUGGAAUAGUAUUGUCGAAAUGAGAUGUGAGGAACGAAUUACAGUCAAACGUCGUAUAAAUGCUUACUUCAUGUAUGAAAACGAACACGAGAUUAUUGGAAAUCAAUUAUCGAAAAACCAGGAAAAUCAUCUUGCAAGUCAUAAACCUAAUCUACAGAACGAAGAAUCUACAACGAUUGAUGAGAAAGGAAUAAAUGCCGUUCAGAAAGGACCGUCACCAGAUAUUGUUGAUUAUGAUGGGUUGGUUAGCAAAAGCAUUGCAUUCGAUGAUGGCUAUAAACCCCCCCAUCAAAUUACAAGCAAUACAUAUAUUAAUGAAAUAUCAAUUGACGAAAAUAUUUUAAGAAUAUCAGCCCAAAGUUUGGCAAAACUUGAUGAGUCUAAGUAUUUUGGCGAUUUUAUUCCACAUUUUAUAAAAUAUAAAGAAUCGCAAAAAAAGAUCAGUUUUCGUAAAUGCACAAAUGAUGACGUAAUGGAUAUUCGAGGAGAAAGCGGGUUUUCGAAAUUUUUGUCAGUUGAUGAUUAUAUAAAAUUACAAUUGAAAAAGCCAAAGAGGAAAGUUGAAGUAUCAGAAGAAACAACGAAUGAUGGAACAAUAAAAAGUUUAUCCGAUUGGAUUAACAUUACAAAGAAUUUAAAUAUUUUAAAUAAGAAUGAUAGUGAAGAUGUGGUAAAAAUUAAGGAGUACUUAUAUCGAGUGAUGAUUCCAUUGAUUGAAUCAUUUGCGAAACCAGUGCCUGAUAUUAGUGCACCAAACACCAGUGAGCACCAUUAUUGGGCUGAAUUUGGACAUCUUCCGGUGCGCGUCUCAAAAUAUAGAAAAAAUUAUGGGCAUAAACACAUCACAGAUAAAGUGAUUGAUGGUAAAUCUGCGGAUUUAUUAGCCUGGAUAGAGAAAACGGGUGAAGAAAUUUUUGUUGGGGAACAAGCCGGACCACCUGAUUUAACAAAAUUGGCAACAGAUUCUUUCGAGAAAUGA